AUGGAUGAUAAAGAAGACAUAAGCAGUCUAGUCUCUGAUCUUUCAGACCUUGAAAUUGCACUUCUACUAUCCAUUGCUAUCCAUGAACAUUGUCUCAUUGAGACAACAGACGCCUGCAUCCAUGACGUUGCGAAAGAAUUGGCCCUGAUAUGCUUGAACAUAUUCGGCCGCACGUUUAAAAUCCUCGAAUGCUCAUCGGCUACCUCCUUCGAGGAUUUUUACUCCGAAGUUCUCGUGUCGGAUGUAUUCAAGGCGAAUGCGCCCUAUUCACGCCCACGUAAGGGUGCUGAAUCUCUGUCGACCCCUCACAAUACUACGGAAUCAAGAGAUCGUACCAGGUCGCCUGGUUUCCGCAGUGUCUUUGGGAACAAGAAAGCCGUCGACGUCGUUAUUGCCAAGAAUUUCAAUUAUGUUGACGAGGGUGUACAACUUCAUGCUUUGGAGGUAGGAUUGCCUGAUCAUUACGACGAUACUUUGCUGAAUCAUCGACAGUUGAUGCGCUCCAAACGGUUGAACACACAUCAUGGCCCAAUAGAAGCUCCGCCUGACUUCCUCUUCAUCCCUCUUGUAGUGCGAAACUCGGACCAGCUUAAACCUCGCUUGAAUCAUCACCUGAAUGACCACCUCAUCCUCUCUCACUUUCAUGACCCUACAGACGGCUAUGUUCAUCUAGAAGAAAAUACCGACUGGCUCUCAGAUGGACAGUUGUCAGCCUCGUCUGUGGUCCGUAAAUUGGAUGCUCCGCUAAAGAAGCAGAAUCUAGCAGUCGACCAAAAGCUAAGCACAUCGGUCUCAGUGGGUGCAGACAUAAUACGGUACCAGCAAGAUAUUGUUGUGUUUUUGCGACUAAGCCGCGCUGUUGCUGGUGGCAUCACUGCGCGAUCAAACAUGCAGUUUACGAAACUCUCAAAACUACUCGCAACAUUACACGGGAUUGACUAUUUGACACCCUCGAUUGUGGCUUUGGCGGCAAGGAAAGCCUUCCGCCAUCGGAUUGUCCUAGCAAAACCUGAAGAUGAUAGAAGUUUGCAAUAUGGGAGUGACAUACAGGCCGUGACUAAAGUCCUUGCUCAUGCCACUCCGGAUUCCGUACUGGACGGUGUUCUUGCACUGGAGGCUCCAUUAUGA